CCGUGAUCUGGGAGAUUUGCAUAUAAGGACUGGUCAUGACCUUGGUUUAUUUCCUGGAGCCGUGGCAUACCAUCUCAGACCGGCAUCUUAUUACAAACUUGCACAGGAAGCUCUCGCCCCUUCGGCAAACUUUGGACCCAAAUAUCUACGUUGAGGGAACUUUACACCAAAGACCAAUCCUGCAAACUCGCACCGUGAGCUUCAUGAACAGGAGGAGCGAAGCCAGGUCUGAGGACGUGGCCAACGUCCCGCCCGAGCUCUCCGACCUGCACUGCUUCACCGAGACCGGCGGCCCCGCGCGCAAGCAGGAGAUUGAUGGCGACUAAAACCCCCAAGCAAUGUUCGACAUCCCCGGGUACCGCGUGGUGCGCACCCUGGGCGCCGUGUACGGGCUCUCGGUGCGGUCGCGCAACAUCGCGGCCAGCCUCGGCAUGGUGAUCAAGUCGCUGGCGGGCGGCGAGCUGCAGUGGUUCACGACGAUGCUGUACAACUGCCGCAACGACGCGCUGGGCCGGCUGGUCGGCGAGUGCAAGCAGCGCGGCGGCAACGCCGUCGUCUGCCUGCGCUUCGACGCGGCGGACCUGGGCGGGUUCGCGCAGACGUGCGCCUACGGGACGGCUUGCGUCGUCGAGAAGGUUGACGACGACGUCGCCGUCGCGCCUCAGCUGGCUGUCUAGGUGGCGCCAAGAGGGAAGGGGGAUUCGAUACCACUGUUAGAGCUGUUUUUGGUGUUUUUGGUGCUUGGCAAACCAGGGUGUAUGCAGAGCGACGGUUAAUAUAGAAUGCGCAGAGCCUUUGGAGUUGCGAUGCGUCUCCUCUUGCAAAGCAGGCUAGAGAGUCAGUCAACCUGCAUCUCUUAAUCUUGUUUCCACCCCCUCCCCUCGACUGAUCUGUGUCAUUGACUCGGAUCAAGCCAAGAACCGACGAGUCAAUGUACAGCACCGGAUCGACCAGGAAGAACAUGGCUUCUUUGCGGUCGGCAUCUGCAGAAAGGUCGUGAUGGGGAGAUCAUGAUGGUUCGGAAUGAGGUACACCACAAGCCGGGGACAUCUUUCUAUUUUAUCAGUAAUACCCAAGGAACCACCAUGAUAAGACGAGAUGGGGGCGGGGAAGAUGCAGUCGGUUCGUUCCCAAGACGUCGGCUACCAACCCGACUGGGAGGAAUGUGACAAACGAU